AUGAAGAAUAAUGGGCUGUGUGUUCCACCUCAGGAUGUUAGGUUGUGCAGGUCAUUUGGGAAGAAGAUGUAUUCUGAGCCACAGAACUGGAUGCAUGAAAGGGGACAAAUUACCAUUCAAUGUGGUUGUUGCUAUAACUUCAUAGUUGAUAAGAACGGGAAUCCCCCAAGCAUCUUGAGGCGUGAUGAAGUAGAUUCAAUGAAUUUCGGGGAUAAUAUUCCUCCCCACAUAGAUCAUCAUGAUUUUGUCAGACCCUUCUGCACAGUGUCAUUCAUCAGCAAAUGCAAAAUAAUGUUUGGAAAGGAGUUGGAUAUCAUCAGACCAGGCAACUUUCAAGAAUCGGGGAAGAUUCCCUUGCUUGUGGGGUCUGUCUUAGUACUUAAUGGGAAAGGAGCUAACUUAGCUAAGCAUUGCAUUCCAAGCGUACCACGAAGAAGGGUGUUUGUCACUAUAAGAAGGAUGGAUGACAACAAGGUGCCAUAUGGAUACCGUUUUGACCUGGAUCUCGAAAGAUUACAGCCUUUGGAGUUGUGA